CGCCGCCCGGUUCCUCAAAAUCUCCCAUCCGCAGUUUGAUGAUGUUGGGUUUUCUAUGAGCGUGUAAACCCGAUGACAGCUCUUUAUUAAACUAACAAAUGCCUCAGAACUGAGUGGAGCCGCGUAGAUCAACGAAAGUGCGGUCGAAAAGGGUGCAAACAUGUCGGCCAGCGCUGUUUAUGUGUUAGACCUGAAGGGGAAGGUCCUGAUCUGCCGUAAUUACCGCGGGGAUGUGGACAUGUCCGAGAUUGAGCAUUUUAUGACUCUGCUGAUGGACAAAGAGGAGGAGGGCACACUCUCACCCAUCCUGGCUCACGGUGGAGUGCGCUUCAUGUGGAUUAAACACAACAACCUCUACCUUGUUGCAACAUCCAAAAAGAACGCUUGUGUCUCCCUGGUUUUUUCUUUCCUGUACAAAAUUGUUCAGGUUUUCUCUGAGUACUUUAAGGAGCUGGAGGAGGAGAGUAUCAGAGAUAACUUUGUCAUUAUCUAUGAGCUGCUGGAUGAACUCAUGGAUUUCGGAUAUCCUCAAACUACUGACAGCAAGAUCCUCCAGGAAUACAUCACGCAGGAAGGUCAUAAGUUGGACACGGGAGCUCCUCGACCCCCUGCAACCGUCACUAACGCCGUGUCCUGGAGGUCAGAGGGCAUCAAGUACAGGAAGAACGAGGUUUUCCUGGACGUCAUCGAGUCCGUUAACCUCCUGGUCAGUGCGAAUGGGAAUGUCCUUCGCAGUGAGAUUGUCGGCUCCAUUAAGAUGAGAGUGUUUCUCUCAGGGAUGCCAGAGCUGCGUUUGGGUUUGAAUGACAAGGUUUUGUUCGAGAACACUGGCCGUGGUAAGAGUAAGUCGGUGGAGUUAGAGGAUGUGAAGUUUCAUCAGUGUGUGCGUCUAUCUCGAUUUGAGAACGAUCGCACCAUCUCCUUUAUUCCUCCCGAUGGAGAGUUUGAGCUGAUGUCCUACCGCCUCAACACACAUGUAAAGCCACUGAUCUGGAUCGAGUCUGUGAUCGAGAAACAUUCCCACAGCAGAAUCGAGUACAUGAUAAAAGCCAAGUCUCAGUUUAAGCGACGCUCUACUGCCAACAAUGUGGAGAUUCAUAUUCCAGUCCCGACAGACGCCGACUCGCCAAAGUUUAAGACCACAGUGGGCAGCGUAAAGUGGGUGCCUGAAAACAGCGAGAUUGUUUGGUCCAUCAAGUCUUUCCCUGGAGGUAAGGAGUAUCUGAUGAGGGCUCAUUUCGGCCUGCCCAGCGUCGAGGCGGAGGACAAAGAGGGAAAACCACCAAUCAGUGUCAAGUUUGAGAUCCCCUAUUUCACCACUUCUGGAAUUCAGGUGCGUUACUUGAAGAUCAUUGAGAAGAGUGGAUAUCAGGCCCUGCCAUGGGUUCGGUACAUCACCCAGAACGGAGACUAUCAGCUGCGGACUCAGUGAGAGGCAUCAUGGGUCACGUCACACUCAUCUGCAGCAGAAUACUCGAAUACAGGUCAUGCUUUGGCUACAGCUCGCAUUCAUGGAUUGAAAUUGAAUCUUUAGUACAGCGUUGACUAGAUUUGGUCCUGAUUACGAAGAUCCUGAACGUUAGAGGACACAAGUGGAUGAUGAAUCACUAGUCACUAACAACAUGUGAAUCAGAUGACUCGUUUAAUUGUUGAAUCAUUGUUUAAUUGUUCUUUCCAUGAUAAUUAAUCAUUCCUGUUGUAGCCAGGAUAUAUUCAGAUUUGUUUCUCAAAAAUGCCACUGUUUUUGUCCAUAAUGAGAAUAGAACGAACAGGAUUUCUCCUAAAUUUGAAAGUUUUGCUCCACAAUUUAUUCCAAAUUUUGAAAUUUCAGAAACAAUAUCUUGUUAUUUAGACUUUUUUCUUUUGUGUUACUAUUUUGCAAUUUCAAGUUUAUAGACUUUCACUUAAUUCUGAGUUACAAUUCUGAUAGUCUAGACAAGUUAUUUGUUUAGUGCUUUACACAAUGCAAACUUGAAAGCAGGUAACAACUGAACAUUGUCAGGCAGCAGUGAACCAAAAACUCAAACACACAUACACACACAAAAUUAAAAAUAAAUAGUAUUAAUAACAGUUGGAUAAAAUGUAAUGAGAUGAAAAAAAUAAAAAUAAAUAACAAUAAUAAAAUAAAUUAUUUAAAUUAUUAAAAACCUUUGUGACUAAACCUGUUUUACUCGGGUAAAGGCAUAUAUAUAUAAAUAUUAUAUGUGUGUGUGUGUGUGUAUGAAGAAUGUUUAAUCCUUUAGUAUAUAGCACUAUAUAUAUAUAUAUAUAUAUAUAUAUAUAUAUAUAUAUAUAUAUAUAUAUAUAUAUAUAUAUAUAUAUAUAUAUAUAUAUAUAUAUAUAAAGACAUACACGCAUAUAAAAUAUGUAAUUAUUAUAAAAUAAAGUUAAAAUGUCUGAAUUUCAAGAUACAAACUAAAUUCUAAAAACCAAUAUUUACAUUUCAAAUAUUAUAUUAUUUAAACAUUAUAUUAUUCAUAUAUAAUGUUUAUAUUUUGCAAAACUGAUAUAUAUAUAUAUAUACAUUUUUUUAGAUCUGUCAGAAUUGUGAGGAAAAAUCUAAUUCUGUAUCUCAAUUCUGACAUUUUUCUCUUUUAAAAUGAACCAUUUCUUGCAAAUUCUGAUCAGAUUUUUUCCCUUACAAUUUCCACUGCUUCUAUCACACAAUUCAAACCCUUUUUAGAAAUUAAAAUGGCAAUAUCCUUAUUAUAUGUUGCAAUUCAGAGGCUCUUGAUAUUAAAUCUGACAAUUUUAAGUGUAGUUUUGUUUUUGCAGACUUGCGGGCAGGAUUGAAAGAUACAGACUUGAAAUUGUAAGAUAAAACAUGAGAGAAAAAAAUUUUCAAACUCGCAAUUACUUUUUUUUCUCCAUGGCAUAAACAAGGUUCCCACAUUCCCCUCAAAUUUAGUAGUGACUUUAUAGCAGAUUCUGCUUUCCUCAUAUAUCCGGAAGUGAUUUCAGGACUGUGAUCGACAUACUGCAGAUGUUUGUGUGUGAGACAGUAAACAGGAAUCAUUUCUCUCAUUAAUGUGUCAUUAAUAGCGCAGCGAUGAUUCUGCAUCACAUCUCAAAGGAGUGUGUCACAUUUCAGAUGUGUUCUUACUGUAAACGCUUCAGGUUAUUUUUUCUACAGUUUGUGAUUAUUUAUCGACUGAACGGUCUUAAAGGGGCAGUUUACACAAAAAAUGGAAAUUCCUUCAUCAUUUACUCAGCCUCCAAACCUGUUUGAGUUACUUUCCUCUGGUGAACACAAAGGAAGUUAAACUAAAGGAUUAAACAUUCUUCAAAAUAUCUUAUUUUGUAUUCUACCCAUGCAUGUUGGAGAAUCUUCCUUCUGUUGAACACAAAGGAAGAUAGAUAUACUGAAAAAGGGUGAAAAAAGCAGUCAUUGACUACCAUAGUAUUUUUAGCUCUUCAUUUUCUCCCCAACUUUUUUAAAAACAUCUCAUUUAGUAUUAUUCUCAAGCUCCAAAUAUGUUUGAGUUUCUUCCUUCUGUUGAACACAAAGGAAGAUAUACUGAAGAAUGCUGUAAAUAUCAGCCAUUGACUUCCUUAGUAUUUUCGGCUCUUCUUGUUCCCCAACAUUCUUCAAAAUAUCUUACUUUGUAUUCUACCCAAUGCAUGUUGGAGAAUCUUCCUUCUGUUGAACACAAAGACAGAUAUGCUGAAGAAGGCUGGAAAAAGCAGUCAUUGACUACCAUAGUAUUUUUAGCUCUUCAUUUCCUCCCCAACAUUCUUCAAAAUAUCUCAUUUUGUAUUAUUCUCAAGCUCCAAAUAUGUUUGAGUUUCUUCCUUCUGUCGAACACAAAGGAAGAUAUACUGAAGAAUGCUGUAAAUAUCAGCCACUGACUUCCUUAGUAUUUUUACCUUUUUUUAGUUCCCCAACAUUCUUCAAAAUAUCUUAUUCUUUAUUCUACUUGCGUUAGAAACAUAUUGAGUUUCUUUCUUCUGUUAAAUUAAAAAAAAUAGAUAGAUAAACUGAAGAAUGCUGGAACAAUUAGCUAUUAACUAAUGAGUAUUUUUAGCUCUUUAUUUCCCCCCCAACAUUCUUCAAAAUAUCUUAUUCUGUAUUCUGCUCAAGCUCCAAACAUAUUUGAGUUUCUUCCUUUUAAACACAAAGGAAGAUAUACUGAAGAAUGCUGGGGGGAAAAGCAACCAUUGACUAUCAUAGUAUUUUUUUAGCGCUUUAUUUUCCCUCCCCAACAUUUUUCAAAAUAUCUUUUGUAUUCAGCAGAAGAAGGAAAUAAAGUUAGAAAUUUGAACCACUUGACUUUGAGUAAAUGGUAAGGAGAUACAUUUUUUGGCGCACUGUCCCUUUAAGGUCACACACAGCCUGUUGUCUGUUGCACUUGUGUUUACUUUUAUUGUCAAAUCCCUUAAAGGUCAAACGAAUAUCAUCUUAGUCCAAACUGAACCGCUUUACACUUGAUAGAAGAUGCAUUUAAUGUAGUGUUUUCUGUCAGGGAUGUCCAGAUAUUGUUCACAUUCAGUAUUUUUGAUGGUAUUUCUAUAUUUUUUAGUUUUAUUUUCUUGUUUAUUCUGCCUGUAGUGUUCACGUGUUUCAGUAUUAUCUGUUACAAUAGGCAAACUUGUGUUUACUUCUCUGCUGACAUGCAGAAUUACACUCGAAGACUAUUUGACACAAAUCUGAAAUCGACCAUGGUGCCAUUGUGAAAAUAGCAAAUUAAAUAUAAUUAGUUUUUUCUGUAACGUUGAUUUGUCUUUAAUUUUGCCUUGAAAAUGGAUGAAAUGAGCAGUUUACCAUGUUUACUGCGGUACUGAAUGUGCUGAAAUUUGACAAUUGUAUUCCUGUAGAAAUAUUACUGUAAUCUCACUGAAAUCAUUGACUCUGUACACAUCGAGCAUCAUAAAGUACAUAUUGAGAAAAC